UUUACCUUCACUACUUUGUCUCACCAGUGAUUACAGAGAAGUUACAAAUAUCAUUAGUAGUAGAAGACUUUAAUUCACCUCUGUCAGCAUGUUGACAAGGAACCCAAAAACAAAGAGUAGUCUCCAGAUUCUGCAAAACAGUGUGAAAUGGCACCACAUGGCACAUAAAGUUAGCAGCCUAUUGGAUGCAUACUCAGGCCUGUUAAGUAAUGAAUCCAUGAUCCUGGCUGUGAACUCCAGCUUUGUGGAUCCCUUACUGCAGUUUGAAUCUCAGUUGAAGAUAAUAGAGUCAUCCUUUGGAAUGCUGGUUGUCAUGCCAAGUCUGGACAAAGUGAAAGAAAUGGGGAGCAGUUAUGAGGACACUGAGGACAUGCAGAAUUUAUACCACAAAAUUUUACAUAUAUAUGAGAACAUUCUUAUGACCUUGGUGUCUAAAGACCUCUACAAACUACAGAUCUUAAAGGAAAUGCUCGUGUGGAUGAGUAAAGAUAGCUCAUAUCUGCAAAAGAGAAUAAUGGUGAUCAUCAACAAGGUGUUAAGAUUUACAGUCAGGAAAGUCAGAAAAUAUACAAGUGUUGAUGCUCCAUGUUUGGGUCUCCUGGCAGCAGAGCUCUCUCUUUUGUGUUCCCAUGAAGAUCCCUCAACUGUACAACAAGCAUCACUGGGAAUGUGUCACCUCCUCUGCAUUGCACAGUGUCAGAAUGAUAUUGGAAAAGAUAAGCCUACAAACGGUAAAAGUCAUAGCCUCCAGUUUCCUUCUUCUGAUGUAGAAUUUCUACCCAAGGAGUUUCAACAAGACAAAAGUAAAAUAGCUCAGAGAGUAGGGCAAACCUUACUGCCUUCCUUGCUGACUGACUUUGUGUGGAGUCUCCUGAUGAAACUCUCUUCAUCUGAUGAUAAAAUCGCAUCUGAUGCAGCAUCCAUACUGAAAUUUACUCUGGAAUUUCAUGCUGAGAAGGUCACCAUGGUGUCUAAGAUUGUGGAUACUAUUUAUAGGCAAUUGUGUGAUAACAAUUGCAUGAAGGAUGUUAUGUUGCGGGUUAUCACUUUGUUGACACGUACUUCACCCAAGAAGGUCAUCUUUCAACUUAUGGACUACCCAGUUCCAGCAGACGACACUCUGAUACAGAUGUGGCAGGCGGCAGGUUCUGAGGCGAGCGUGGCCCCUGAUGUGCUGAAGACAAUCUUAUUGAUACUGAAAGCAAUGCCUGGGAAAAUGGAGGACACCCUAACGGAAGGAAAAUGUUUCCCUCUUGAUGUUACCAACUUGAUGCCUUUGGCGGCAUCCCAGGCCCUGUGCACCUUUCUGCCUCUUGGUUCCUACAAGAAAGCGGUGGCCCAGUUUUUCCCCCAGCUCUUGACGACCCUUAUGUUCCAAGUCUUCUACAGCAGUAAGCUGAAACUGAAACCUAAGGACAGGACUUUGUAUGCCCAGGAUGCCCUGAGAGUUCUGCUGAAUUGUUCUGGACUGCAACAGGUGGAUAUUACUCUAAUGAAGAUGAAUUUCUGGGACCAGUUAUCUGAAGAUCCAUGUUACGCAGUCUACUUUAUUGCUAAAACUCUCAGUGAAUAUAACUUUCCACAGUUUCCGGAGACCCUGCGUUAUCUCUAUAAGCUCUCAGUAGAAGGUCCUAGAAGGUCAGAAGACACUGUCACCGUAAUAAUAUUCCUCACUGAAGUGAGUUUUGUAGACUGUGAACAGCUGUGUUCUCAUUUCCUUUUCGUAUCCAAAUUUAAAUCAAAAUUCCAGUUUCUUGUAUCUCUCUCUCUGAAUGUUGGUUCUUACCAAGACUUAAGAUCAUGAAAGAUAUCUGAAGUUGGAUGGGGAGAGGUGUGGAGUUAGAUUUGGGUUAUAGAAGAGAUGUCCCUUCACCUUUCCCCAGCAGUUGGUUUUUCUCUGUUUCUAGGGGUGUGAAUUUGUACAAACACUAAUUAUUUUUUAGUACCAGUUUAUAUAUUUCUGCAUGAUUGUUAAAGUAUAUUGAAGGAUAACUGGGUUUAAUAAAGAUGGUAGUUAACGUCUGGGAUCUAGGCAGUACUUCUGACCAUCUAGGGAGAGAAAGGAACUGGCUGAGUAACUGGGUAAAAUGAAGAUGUGGAACCAUAUUACUUUGUAUAUGAAUAUUUUGCCAUGUAUUGUAAUACUAUAAUGGAAUCAAGCAAAUUGACAAACUUUUGUUUACAAAAACUAAAGGCUUUAUAACCUGAAA